CGGUCAUGCACCACGAGCUCAAAUGACACCCCUUUUCUAGCGUAUGUCUGUAAUAAAAAUCAAAAGACUUUUCUCUUUCUUGAUAUUUUAGUAUUGAUGAACAUUGUUGCACUGCCCUAUGAAAUCGCCCAUUGCUCGUCAUGGGACGACGGUUACAGUCCAGAACAGUUGGUGUCAUCUAGUCCUGGCAAUCGUUCUUCAAGUGUCAUGAGCCAAUCUGAACUCGCUGACGACGAUGAUUCUUACGAUGGGAAAAAGAUCAAAGGCUGGCAAACACCAAAGUGCCCGAAUUAUCCUCAGGAUCUGAUCAUUCAUUUGCUAUGUGGACCGGCCCACAUAAGCAAAGUUCAAAUCCUUUCUCACCACUAUAAGAUCGCUACAAAAAUUGAUGUCUACAUCGGCAUGUCGAAGCAAGAUAUCGCCACCAAUGAGCCGAUCGUCGGAGAGGAUGAUGAUACGCUGAUCGAAUUCACACGUCUGGGCUAUGUAUGCUUGGAUAAUAACAUGCGCGCUCAGUUCCGUGCUCGAGAGCUCAAGUCAAUCAAAGUGAAUACUGAUGGCGAGUAUAUCCGGCUGGUGCUGCGAAAUUGUCACCGAAACAAGUUGAAUCUCUAUAAUCAGGUCGGAUUGAUUGCACUGAACGUGCUGGGACAACCUAUUCAUUACGCCAACAAGAUACCUAUUGUAGAACCGUCACAGCACCCUUUGGACGACAUGAGCCUUCUCAGUUCCUCGACAAGGCGAACUAGUGUUUCCAGCGACCAUAGCUUUCAAAACCGAUCAGCAGCCAUCACGCAAUAUGGUGGCGAUGACGAUAUUCAACAGUGGAUAGGGGUGCUACAACAAGCUGAAAAGGAAGCUGUCCAGUAUGAAGCUUACCAGCAAGCAAAAUCAUACAGUUACUUGACAAAUAUCUUGUCAAAUAUCUCGAAAAAAUUGCUCCACUUGGAAUUUCAGAAACAAGAGGCCAUUGAAAUAAAGGAUUAUGACAGAGCAGAUGAUCUCAAGAAUGAAAUCAGCGACACGAAGGAAAAGGCGUAUGCAUGCAUGAAAGAUGCUGGAAUUCAAAUUACCCGCGACGGUAAAAUCAUGACUCUGCAAGAAGCGUAUGACUAUGAGGAUGAAGCCGAGCAGCCAGUAGAACAACCGAUUUAUCAGGAAACGGAGUGCGGUUUAUACGACGAUAAAUCCUGUUUGCAAAACGAGCAGAAGGACGUCGAUUACGAGGAGCCGACGGCCAUGUCAAAUACUCAGCAAUCCUAUGGCUAUCACUUGUCGAAAUCACCUUCACUAGUUGAACAACGGCUUUCGUUAAGUUUCGCAGAUCAAUCGGAUCUUGUCAGACCUAUCGCAUCGUUAUCCACUACGGUGGCUAAAAAGCACGAAUUAUCACGCAAAAUGAGCGUACCGAGGGAUCCCGAUAGUAUUCCAGAACCGCUGAUGGAUGAAGAACGUCAAAAUUGCCGCACUGCUAUCGAUGUCUUUGGAGAAGAUACAGUAGCUUGUAUUCUGAGCGUUCGAGUCAAGUGCAGACAGUUGGGUCUCACCCGAAUUGCGACGGAUGUAGCCGAAGCAACACACUUGGCACAAGAGGGACAAUUGGAACAAUUUGUCUCCCUGGUGGACAUUGUCGAGGAUAGUGACUCUGACAUGAUCGAUAGCGACGAUGAAGAUGCGUUGUCGGCCACUGAUGACAUUAAGAGAGCAGGAAAAUUCGUCCGAGCAGCUUUGAUACUCAUUCAAGAAACUGUGAUGGAUUCAAGAGAACACAUUUUAAGCACAGCAUUGAGUAUUUGGCAGGAUCUCAAUGAUUUCUCAAUUUUGGUUUCCAUCCCACCAGGCAUGAUUUUUGCUUGGAUUGAACGUGCAUUUUCUUGUCUGCUUAUGCGCACCAACGACUCCAAUGUCCGUGUACGAGAGCAAGCGAGCGAGUUUGUUAUUCUUUUGGGUCAGCAGUAUUGCUAUGCGCCUUACUCGCUACUGGAUAUGUUCAUAGGCAAGCCCGAGCGUAUCAUUCACAACCAUAAGGACGCCAUGAACAGAAUCGCACUCGUUGAAUUUGCCGUAAACCGUAUUCAAAUCGCCACAAGUGAAAACGCAGAUGCAUCGAUCGAACUUGACAAUCUCAUGCAGUUUGUGCUACCGUACUUGAGUCAUUCCCAUGAAAGCGUCCGCGAAGCUGCCGUUGGACUUGUCGUUUCUAUUUCGGAUCAAGUCGGCUUCAAGAACGUCAGCACAUAUAUUGACGAAGAUCUGAGAAAAUCUUUGACAGAGACCGUUAAGAAAUUUGCACAAUCAAGGAAUGAAAAUGACCAGUCAAAUCAGACCAUUGAUAUCACAUCAGAAAUUCGAGCAGCUGUAGCAAAAACGGAACCCCGUACAAUCAACAAGAAAACGAAAGCGGCGACGCAACUGACCUCGAAGGGUUCCGAUGAAGAAUUAACAAAGAAAAAGACCGCAACCGCCGGAAAGAAAUUGACAAGUUCCAAAAACCGUGAAAAAGCCACGCCAACAAAAAAGGUAACGAGCAGUGGCCGUACUGCCUCACGAACAACAACACGCAAAUCGGGCAGGGCAAAAGAAACAUCUAAUAACGACACAACGUGUAUUUUCUGUGAUAAAACGGAUCCCGCUUUUAACGAAGAAACAUUGAUAUCCCAUUACUACAAUGAUUGUCCUAUGCUCACGAAUUGCCCCAUGUGCCAAAUUAUCUUGGAAGUAUCGACAUUAUCGGAUCAUUUAUUAGGCGACUGUGAAAAACGCAACCUCUUGAAACAAUGUGGUCGUUGCAAGAAUGCAAUACCAAUAGAACAAUGGCUGCAACAUUCGUCAAAACAAACUUGCAUUGCUGCUGUUGAAAAUGAAGUUCGUUGUCCUCAUUGCCAUAAAUUGAUUGAAACGGCCUCCGAAACCGGAUGGAAAACCCAUUUGCUGCAUGAAUCGUGCCCAAAGAACCCGCGAACAAUCAAAAAGAAAUCAACAAAGAAUGGCCCCUCAAGCAACAAGCCUUCAACUAUGUCGAAGCGUAACGAGACAACGCCUAGAAAGAAGAAAUUGUAAAGCUCUUUUUUCCGUUCAUUGAAGCCAUAACCAUGUUUGAUAUGGUUAUAAAAAUAAAAAAUAGAAAAUAAUCGCAUUCAUUCAUACAUUUUUAUGGCUGAAUAUGUGAG